CGUCAAUCUCGAAGUCUCGCGAGAUUUCACGGGAUGCCGAGGUCAUUUCCUCAAAAUGUAAACAAAAACUGACAUGGAGGCGAUGAGAAUAGAUAUAUAAUGUGAACAGGUAUUUGUGCCGUGUGUGCGGUGAUGGGUUCCGAUCCGUUCUUGAGGAAAUGGACUUUAAAGGAAACGACGAGGUGGACAAAAUAAAGACGAAGUUUAAGUCGGCAUGGAACAAUGUCAAAUACAGUUGGGUGUUGAAAACAAAGACUUCCUUUAGUCGCAAUUCUGUAGUCUUCCUGCUGGGAAAAUGUUAUCACUUCAAGGCAGAUGAUGAAGACAGUCCCACGGAAAGCUGCAGCACAGACGAAUUUGAUGAUGCCACUGUCAUCGGCAAUGUGGAAGGAUUUCGGAGGGAUUUCGCUUCCCGGAUCUGGCUCACCUAUCGGGAUGACUUCGCUGUGCUUCCAGGAUCGAGCAUCAGCACAGACUGUGGUUGGGGCUGCACUCUCCGAGCCGGGCAGAUGAUGGUAGCCCAGGCACUUUUACUACAUUUCUUGGGUCGAGAUUGGACCUGGCCUGACGCCCUGACCUUGGAGCCACUGGACACUGAGACAUGGACCAGCAGCGCAGCACGAAAACUGGUCGCGUCAUUAGAAGCUUCAUUUCAGGGAGACAGGCAGAGUGUCCCGGAGUGCGUAUACCAGCCCCAGUGUGGGGCAGAAGAAGCUGACUUCCACCUGAAAGAGGUGUACCACCGCACUAUUGUGUCCUGGUUUGGAGACACUCUCUCUGCCCAGCUCGGGGUCCACAGGCUGGUUCAUUUUGGUAUGACCUCAGGGAAAAGAGCAGGAGAUUGGUAUGGCCCUGGAGUAGUGGCACAUAUACUCAGGAAAGCUGUGGAAGAGGCUACAGAUCCAGAACUGCAAGGUCUGACUGUUUAUGUGGCACAGGACUGCACAGUGUACAGCGCUGAUGUUAUUGAGAGUCACUCAGUGAAGGUGGAUCCACACACAGCCCCUGAGGGAGAACUCGCUGACAGCAGAGCCGUCAUCAUUCUCAUCCCUGUCAGACUGGGGGGAGAGAGGAUCAACCCCGAAUACUUCAGCUUUGUCAAGGCCAUCCUGAGCUUGGAAUACUGCAUCGGUAUCAUUGGAGGGAAACCCAAACAGGCCUACUACUUCGUAGGAUUUCAAGAUGACAGCAUGAUUUACAUGGACCCUCAUUACUGUCAGUCUUUUGUGGAUGUCAGCACAAGCAAUUUUCCUCUGCAGUCAUAUCAUUGUCCAUCACCAAAGAAGAUGCCUUUUGUUAAAAUGGACCCAAGCUGCACUAUUGGGUUCUACUCCAAAAGUGUUCAGGAUUAUGAAAGAAUUAGCAGUGAGCUGUCAAAGGUGCUGCAGCCGUCAUCGAAAGAGAAGUACCCGGCAUUUACCUUUAUGAAAGGACACGGGAGAGAUUAUGAACUGUCUGUUCCUGUGGAGAAGAGAGAGUGGCCCUUCAUCAAGGACACGCGCAAUCCCGGGGCCACCGCAGGGGACUUCGUGCUGCUGUAAAUGAAGGCUUAGGAUUCCAGAGUGAUGUUACAUGUGUGAUUUUUCUUUAUGCAUUUUAUUCCUGUUUAAAGACUCCAUCAUCCCAGGAGUGUAAAGAGACACAGAUUCUGGGGUCGGUCUGAAAGCAAAACUCUUUAUAGCCAACCCCUCAACUUAACACUGUAAGCAAAGUCAGUAUAUCUCCACACAUUUCGGGUCAGAGGAUAGUUUUUUUUCAGGGUGUUAUGUGUAUAUGUUGCCAUUCCUCCCACUCUGGCUGUAAUACACUGAAUUUCCUAUUGAAACGUGGUACAGUCUACUUCAUACUUUGUCUAAUAAACAUUUACCAUGAUUCUUUGUAUCUGGAAAAGAAGAACCACACUCCAGGUUAAAGGUCAGAUAAGAGUUAUAACACUGUGGACAGAAAACGUAACUUAUAAACAUUACCCAGCCUUCAGAAUCGUGCUAGUGCCUCCUGGAAGCAUGACGUUUAUACGGCUAAUUCAACAGCCUGCAGCCUCCGAGUGCUUCUGAAAUGUCUUCUACACACUGAUAUAUCAAAGAUGUAGCAUUUUUAUUUACACAAACACAUUUCUGGCUAAUAUUUCACCUCAGAAUCUCACUGAUUAUAACUAGACAACAGUGCUGCUAAACUCAUGACGGUGUUCAGAAGUUGAACCGCACCAUUAAAGAAAGACUACAUAAUAUUGAAAAAUGUAUUUUUUCUUCUUGUUGUUGUUGUUGUUGUUGCUUAAAGCCAUUUAUAUUAAACCACAGUAUAAAUUUUGUCGUGUCCAUUUCAAACAAGUGUUUGUCUAUUUUGUUGUUGUAUUUUGGUAAAGAAGAAUGGUGUAAGCCAAAGUGGUUCAUACUACACAAAGCUGUAACACUUCUUUUUUUCUUUUUUUUCUUUGUUGUCGUCGUUGUUGUUCAUGAAACCAAGUUGUGUGAAGAGUUAAUACUAAGUGGAAUGAGCUGAGCUGAAGAACAUAAACACAUGCUUGUUCUCCCAAAAUCAAUUUGCACAGUUGUCAUUAAUGUUUUGCUCCACAAUAAUUCACAAUAAAGCUGAAAA